AAAGCUUAUUCCGAUUUAAUCUCGAUUUUAAUUCCAGAAAUGUGGGAUUUAAUUUCGCCGGAAAUUUUCUCAAUACAAAAUCUUUGCCUGCUGGGAUUUCUCGUCGCCUCAAUCGCCGUGAGCAGCCUCUUCACACUUUCCUACGCAACACCAUGGGUCCGCCGACGUCGUGCCGAGUACCUAGAACCGGAAAUCGUCUACAGAAGCUCGCCGGAGCAAAAAUUCCCGGUUUUGUUGCAAGAAGAUCGGGAUGCUCCGAAAAGAUAUACGCCGUCGAGCUGCUAUCUUUCUGUGAUUAUUCCGGCUAUGAAUGAAGUUGAAAGAAUCGAAAUUAUGCUCGAUGAUUGUUGUGACUACUUGGAAGCUCGUGCUGAGAAGGAUAAAGAUUUCACCUACGAAAUUAUCGUUGUUGAUGAUGGAUCCACCGACGAAACGGCUGAUAUAGUCGUUCAAAUCGGCGCUAGGCGUCAGAAUUUACGAGUUUUGAAAAUGAAAGCUAAUCGGGGAAAAGGUGGCGCUGUAAAAAUGGGAGUCCUCCACUCAUCAGGAAAACUAAUUCUCUUCGCAGAUGCCGAUGGAGCUACAAAAUUCGCCGAUUUUGAAAAUCUCGAGAAAGAAAUGCUCCGAACUGCCGGCGGAGAGCCACUUGAUGAAUCAUUUCCAGCAGUUAUUGUUGCUUCUAGAGCGCAUUUGGAAGCCGAAUCUAUGGCUGUUAGAUCAGUUCCACGCACAAUUUUAAUGCUCGGUUUUCACUUACUCGUCUAUACUUUUGCUGCAAGAACAAUUAAAGAUACACAGUGUGGAUUCAAACUUUUUACUAGAUCGAUUGCUGCGAGGAUUUUCCCAGUACUUCACAUUGAGCGCUGGGCUUUUGACGUUGAGCUCAUCUUCCUUUGCGAAAGAUGGACGGUCCCUGUGAAAGAAGUUUCAGUUCGAUGGACUGAAAUCGAAGGGUCUAAGAUUACUCCAAUUUGGUCUUGGCUUCAAAUGGGCCGAGAUCUUGUGCUCAUUUGGUUCAGAUAUACGAUCGGAAUUUGGACGGAUGACCAGCCUCGCUAAAUGCUCCACAAAAAAUCGAUACGAGAUUUUCAAAAAAUCUUGCCCAAAAAUUUCCUUUUUCUUCUAGUAAUAUCUAUGCUUUAAUCACUUUUUUUCCCUGCUUUUUCCUGAUUUUUUUUCCAAUUUAUGGCUGGUUGUAAAUAUCCAUGAUUCCUUGAAAAUGUGAUUCUAUUCUUUUUUCUUUUCGCAUUUUUAUUAUUUAUUUAUUUACUUGUUGGUUUUUCUUUUUUUUCUCUCUUGUUCUGGGGACUCUGGGUUUAUUUUUAAUGCUAAAUUCAAAAAAAUAUCGAUUUAAAUGUUUUUUUCC